ACGGCAAUAGUCUCAACUUUACCGGGGUGCCUCAACCUCGGACAGAUUUUAUACAAAGCUUGAAGUUCUUAUUGCUAGUGGAUAUUUGUUGAACAAAAGGAAAAUGAAAGAUCAAUUUCAAAUCGAUCCCGAGUACCCAAAGUUACUUGACAAUAAUGACCCGCUGGGGCAGUUUAGACAAAGAUUUUUUUUGAAGGAAGAUCAGAUUUAUAUGUGUGGUAACUCCCUAGGACUUGCCACCAAAGAUGCUGAAGAAUGUGUUUUAGAAGUUAUGGAAAAAUGGAAGGAAAACGGAAUUAAAAUAUGGACCGUCGAGGACAACAAAUACUAUCUAUAUUCUAGGAAUUUGGCAGAACUAAUGGCUCCUAUCGUUGGAUCGGAUCCCGACGAGUUGGCGAUCUUUGGCGGCACUACCAUCAACAUCCAUCAAGGAAUCAGCACGUUUUAUAAACCAACCAAAGAUAAGUACAAAAUACUAGUGGAUGAUAUUAAUUUCCCGACGGACAGGUACGCUGUGGACAGUCAAGUUCGGUUAAAAGGCUAUGAACCAGAAGAAGCAGUUAAAGUGGUCAAGAGUAGAGGUAACUUCAUGGAAGAGGACGACAUCAUUGACGCUAUGACAGAAGAUGUAGCUUUAAUAUUCCUUCCGAAUGUGUACUACAGAACUGCUCAAGUGUUAGACAUGGAGAAAAUAACCCGAGCCGCAAAAGAAAGGGGCAUUCUUAUUGGAUGGGACCUUUGUCACGGAAUUGGAGCAGUGGAAAUUAAUCUGAAGAAAUUGGACGCAGAUUUCGCGAUAUGGUGCACUUACAAGUACCUGAACGGCGGGCCUGGGUCAUCAGCAGCUAUUUAUAUAAAUAGAAAACAUUUCAAAAGAUUGCCAGGAUUAACCGGGUGGUACGGAAACAAGAUAGAAACACAGUUUCUAUUGCGGCAAGAAUUUGAUCAUCAGCAGGAUGCAAAUGGUUGGCAGAUUGGAACUCCCAACGUAUUGUCUAUGGCGUCACUAGAGGGAGCUUUAAGGGUAAUCAAUGAAGCUGGAGUACCAAAUAUGAGAAAAAAAUCUUUGCACAUAACUGCGUAUCUAAUGUAUCUGAUUGAAAAUAAAUUAUCUAACUACGGGUUCACUAUUGGCAACCUGAGAGAGGACAGUAGGAGAGGCGGCCAUGUUUGUCUGGAACAUGAUGAGGGUUACAGAAUAAGUAUUGCUCUCAAGGCUCGCGGUGUUGCACAAGACUUUAGGGAACCCAACGUGAUUCGUUUGACGCCGACAGCCUUAUAUACCAGUUACCAGGAAGUUUACAAAAUAGUGGACAUAUUAUUGGACAUCGUUAAAACUGAAAGCUAUAAAGCUGUUGGCAAUAAUAGAAACUAUGUUGUGUAAUAAGUAGGAAUGUGUUUUAGACUUGUGUUGCGUGUUUGCUAUUGUGUAAGGAAAGUAUUAAAAUAAGCAUAAAAUAAA